UAUAAAAGUUCAAGAAUUUGACAUUUCACCUAACCUAAAAAUAUUCACAAAACGUCAACGUCAAAUAUUGUAAAGAUUAUUUACAUUAUUUGUUGACAAAAAAUUAUUAAAUUAUGGAGUCAAUGGGACAAGAAAUGUCUUCUAAUACCAUUCUUGGAGUUGCUUGGCAGUGGAUAGCAUCAGUUGGUUGGUAUUUAGUUGGAUUAGGAUUCGUUUUAUUAAUGGCCUCGUCGUAUUUGCAAGAAAAAUAUAAUAGUUGGAAGUCGAAAAAAGAUGAAGCAGAAUAUUCAGCAAAGUAUCAUAAAGACCCGGAUAUUGUUUAUCAAAGACUAACAGCCAUAGAGGAAGUUAGAAACAAAAUGCAGGAAAAGUACAAUGAGGAUGCUGAAUUUCGCAAAAAAAAGGUUGAAGAGAAUAAAGAGAAAAAAAGGCAAGAAUUAUUAAAAACUGAGGAAAAAAGUAGUGGCAAUAGACUUGGUGGUUCAACAAGUGAUUCUAAAUCAAGACUAUUAAAACAAGACUACAAUCCACUAAUGGGUAAUUCGAGUAGAGGUUAUCGACCACCAAAACGAAGUUGUUGUGGAAAAGGUGGUUGCGGAUAAGUAAGAAAUUUUAUUAAUUUUUUUUUUAUUCUCUUCUAUAAAAUUAUAUUAACAUUUUUUUAAUUCUUUUAAAUUAAUUUAAAUAGUUAAAUUUAUUUCAAAUAUUUUUUAAUCAAUUUUGAAUAUAUUUUUAAAUCAUUUAACACUAAAAUUGUAUAACACUUUUAUAUACGCUCAAGAUAUAAUAAAAAAAAAAGAAAUGAAAUGUAUAAA